UGGGAUUCUCAAAACGCGAGAAUCUUUGGUCGUGAACGGACGUGUGUCGGCGAUUCGCUUUCUUUAGUGGCGGUUUCGAUACGAAAAACGAAAGAAUUAUUGGCAACAAACUUGUUUUUAGUGCAUUAAAUAAAUUCUACUAGUAAACAAUAAAUACGGGAAUUCAUUUUUUUAAAUAAUAUCGAUUUAAAUUUUAAGGUUUCUAGUUCUUUCGAUUGUAGCAAAACGAGCAACGUGCAAUGUGAAAAUGCUAAAGAAAACUGAGAAUAACUGAGAUACUGAGCACUGAGUCAAAACAAAAAAGAAAAGAAGUAAAAACCUCAUCGGUGAGUGAGUGAGUGACAAGACACUGCCAAAGAACAAAAGACGUGCCACGGGCUGAUGAUGGCGGCGGGUGCAGCAGCUUCAGCUGCUUCAAUGCGAAGCUAUACAAACUAUGCCCUAUUGGUGGCCACAGCAUUAUUGGUGCUAAUCUCGGCACAUGCCAAAAGCACCAAGUUAAAUGGUAAUGGUGAGAUGUCUUUAAGCAUGGAUCACGUUGCUGCAGUUUCCCCUGACAGGCCCAUUGACGAGACGCGGCAACAGCACCACCAGCAACAUCAUCAUCAUCAUCAGCAUCGUCGUCGUGGAACCAAUUUGCAUUUGCUGCGGGCAUUGAGAAAUCGACGCGCCUAUCACAGCAAAUACAGCAUUGAACAGCUUCUGCACAUGCAAGUGAUGCCAAAGGUAUCCAACGACAUUGAUAUGGAUCCCUGCAAGGCUGGUGGUUUCAUGGGUGAUAUUGCACUGCCCGAUGACGAUUCUGGUCCAGUGGUGGCCCAUACACCCACCGAUGAUGAUGAUAAUGACAACGGAGAUGAGGAUGCUAAUGAAGAGGAGGAGGGGAAUGUGGAACAGAAUGUGCAGGCAGAUGCACCAUUACCACCAUCAGCACCAAUUAUUGCCACCAAAUUUAAUGCCACAUUUCAGUUAGAACUGGAGAAGCUGAAACAAGAAGUCUACCACGAGGGCUUACAAGUGGAAGAGGAGGGUCUAACCGAUAUUAUCCGCAAGAAAACCAAGUUGCCAAGCAUCCAUCAAGUGAAUUACACCUUGGCCAUGACCAAGGCCAGUUUGAACGACAAUGAACCGGUGAAGCCUAGUAAUCAAACACCCUCGGACUAUGCUCAGAGCUCUAGCUAUAAGAAUGAAGUUCUUAGCCCACCCGAGCGACGACGCACUGCGACCAAAAGUGAAGGUAUCCCAAGUAAAUUCGUAAAUAAAUCUCAAAUCUCGCAUCGUAAUGUGGAUGUACGCAAAAUUCAGUCCAACAACAAGGACAUCGAAGACGAUUCGGGCAACAAUUUUGUGGCUGAAAGGCGACCAAACCACAUUGUGCCCACAUCGUUGCCCGAACAGCGUUCCACACUACCGAAUGUUUAUAGCAAUGCCGGAGGAAAUGGCAUGCAAUUGGACGAUGAGGUCGAUUUCUUGCAUGCCCGUGGGGUAGUACGCCGCCGACACAGACGUGGACCUAAACACAGACGUAGUAAUAGACAUUCCCUUUCCUCCGAAUAUGCUAUCAAAUUGCAACAACUGCGCGACGAGCUCAAUCGUCCACAUGGCAAGGCCCACCAUCAUCAUCAUCAGCAGCAGCAGGAACAGCAUCAUUCUCAGCAUGGACAUCAUCACCAACAUCAUCAACAGAAGAAGCGUCGCCAACAGCGUCGUCAGCGAGGUCAGAGUGGAAUAUUGCCGUAUAUUCAUCAGUCCGCAUCAGUUUUGAAUCAAUCUGAGGCUGAAAUGCAGCAUGCAGAGCUUGAAAUGGAUUUGCCGAAUACAGAUAAUCGAAAACUUGUCGAGGGGAGACAGCAACAAACAAACCAUCACCAUCGUGUGGCUCGCGCUGUAACAGCCAAAAAAGAACGCAUCUGGGAUUAUGGUGUCAUUCCCUAUGAGAUCGAUGGAAAUUUCAGUGGCCUGCAUAAGGCACUCUUCAAGCAGGCCAUGCGCCACUGGGAGAACUCAACAUGCAUCAAAUUUGUGGAACGUAAUCCAGAAAUUCAUCCCAACUAUAUUGUAUUCACUGUGAGAAGUUGCGGUUGCUGCUCCUUUGUGGGCAAGCGCGGUAAUGGCCCACAGGCCAUAUCUAUUGGACGAAAUUGUGAUAAAUUUGGCAUCGUUGUACACGAACUGGGCCAUGUAGUGGGCUUUUGGCACGAACACACACGACCCGAUCGCGAGAAGCAUGUGGUUAUUGAACACAACAAUAUUAUGAAGGGACAGGAUUAUAAUUUCAAUAUGCUAUCAGCAGAUGAAGUGGACUCGUUGGGCAUGGCAUAUGAUUAUGAUUCAAUUAUGCAUUAUGCACGAAAUACAUUUUCAAAGGGCACAUAUCUCGAUACCAUAUUGCCUAUUGAGAUGAAAGGCCGCAAGAGACCGGAAAUCGGACAACGCUUGCGUCUCAGUCAGGGUGAUAUAGCCCAGGCGAAUCUCUUGUACAAAUGUCCUAAAUGUGGGCGAACUUUUCAGGAGAGUACGGGCAUUUUUGCAAGUCCAUCUUAUUAUACAGCUGGCGCUCUGUCCAAUGAGACGGAAGAGUGUGAGUGGCGUAUAACCGCCACGCAUGGAGAACGUGUUGUACUGAAACUGGAGAAUAUGAACAUCUUCAAGUCAAACAAUUGCGAGACAGAUUACUUGGAAAUACGAGAUGGUUACUAUUUAAAGUCACCAUUGAUAGGACGUUUCUGUGGCAAGGUGGCCAAUGAUGUUAUUAGCACCGAAUCGAGUCGCAUGCUGCUGACCUAUGUGAAUACCCAUCGCAGCGACGGCUAUCGUGGCUUCAAAGCUGAGUUCGAUGUUGUCUGCGGCGGCGAGCUGGUUGUCGAUGAUAACGAGGGACGCCUGGAGUCACCCAACUAUCCACUCGACUAUUUACCCAACAAGGAAUGUGUGUGGAAAAUUACAGUGCCCAAGGGCUAUCAAGUGGCGUUGAAAUUCCAAUCGUUUGAGGUGGAGAAUCAUGACAGCUGUGUCUACGACUAUGUAGAAGUGCGCGAUGGUUCGGCACAGGAUGCCCCACUAAUUGGCGUAUUCUGUGGCUACAAGGCGCCGCCAAACAUGAAGUCAAGUGGCAAUUCGAUGUACGUUAAAUUCGUGUCGGAUACAUCGGUGCAGAAGGCUGGCUUCUCGGCCGUAUUCAUGAAAGAGGUAGAUGAGUGCGAGACACUGAAUCAUGGCUGCGAACAUGAGUGCAUCAACACAUUGGGUGGCUAUGAGUGCAGUUGCCACAUUGGCUACGAGCUGCAUAGCGACAAGAAACACUGUGAAGAUGCCUGCGGCGGUGUUAUCGAGUAUCCGAAUGGCACCAUUACCUCACCAUCGUUCCCUGAAAUGUAUCCGGUGCUGAAAGAGUGCAUAUGGGAGAUUGUUGCUCCUCCGAAGCAUAAAAUCUCACUGAAUUUCACACAUUUCGAUCUGGAGGGCACAUCACAUCAACAAUCGGACUGCGGCUAUGAUUCGGUAACCAUAUACUCCAAACUCACAGAGAAUCGCCUCAAGCGUAUUGGCACCUUCUGCGGCAGUGCCAUACCACCCACAGCCACUUCGGAUGGGAAUGCAUUGCGUGUGGAAUUCCAUUCGGACAAGUCUAUACAGCGUUCCGGUUUCGCUGCCGUCUUUUUCACCGACAUUGAUGAGUGUGCCAUGAACAAUGGCGGCUGUCAGCAUGAGUGUCGCAAUACGAUUGGUUCCUAUAUUUGCCUCUGUCACAAUGGGUACUCGCUGCACGAGAAUGGUCAUGAUUGCAAGGAGGGUGAAUGCAAAUACGAAAUAUCUGCCGCAUUUGGUACCAUCUACAGUCCCAACUAUCCCGACUCGUAUCCACCGAAUGCGGAUUGCGUAUGGCAUUUCAUCACAACGCCGGGUCAUCGCAUUAAAUUAAUUUUCAAUGAGUUCAAUGUGGAGUCACACCAGGAAUGUGCGUAUGAUAAUGUGGCAAUCUAUGACGGUGAAUCGGAGGCCAGCUCCAUACUGGGACGUUUCUGCGGAGAUAAGAUACCCUAUCCCAUUUCAUCGACAACGAAUCAACUGUACAUGGUCCUUAAGACGGAUAAGAACAAACAAUUGAAUGGUUUUAUGGCUCUGCACUCUACUGCCUGCGGUGGUUAUCUGCGUGCCACAAAUCAUGUCCAGCAAUUCUAUUCGCAUGCCCGUUAUGGCAAUCAGGAUUACGAUGACAGCAUGGACUGUGAAUGGACUAUUCAGGCUCCAUCCAAUAGCAAUGUUCAGCUGAUAUUCCUCACUUUCGACAUCGAGAGCAGUGAGAACUGUACCUAUGACUAUGUUCAGGUAUUCUCCAAUAUGGAUGACACUAGUGGACCAAUGUAUGGCCAAUAUUGUGGCAAUACGUUACCUCAGGACAUUAUCUCAAUGACAGAUUCACUGUUGAUACGCUUUAAGACGGAUAGUUCUGUGCCGAUGAAAGGUUUUUCUGCUUCAUAUGUGGCUGUUGAUCCCUUCGAGAACAGCGAUGAGGAUGUUGAGAAUUCGUAUAGCUCUGAAAUGGUUACACCGUUUCCUGGCUCUUUGAAAAGCAUUUACAUCGAGGAACCCGAGGAGACCGCUGAGUAUGAUGAUUUUAGUGGUAAUCAAUUGGUACUCAAUGGCCAAUAUCGUGGUCGCUAUAGUCUAGCCAAUCGAUACUAUCCAUAUUCGACUUGAGGACAAUUUAAAGUAAGCAAACAACAUAAAUAACAAAUGAUACGCAAGUAACGCGCUCAAAUUCAUGACAAUAUAUAUAUACACACAUAUAUAUCAACAAAAAAGAAUACGA